CACUCCUAUUCACUUCAACAGAAAUGAAACCAAAACCAAUCCUCGUGUGUUUGUGUGUAAAACUGUAAAGUGUUAGCAGUCUGACGAUCUCCCCCCAUUCUUUUUACUUUUUUGAUUGAGAUUAUAGCCCAAAAUUUAUCUCAUACUUGUUUUUUUUUUGCGUUCGUGAACAGAGUAAAAUGGCAAAGACUAAUAUUUCAUUGGCUCAGGAUCAGUUCAGCUGUCCAAUCUGUCUGGAUCUACUCAAGGAUCCAGUGACUAUUCUCUGUGGACACAGUUUCUGUAUGGGCUGUAUUAAUGGCUGCUGGGAUCAGGAGGCUCAGAGGGAAGUUUAUCGCUGUCCUCAGUGUAAAGAAACCUUCACUUCAAGACAUACUGUGAGUAAAAAUGCUGUUCUGGGUGAGGUUGUGGAGAAACUAAAGAAAGAACUCCAAGCUACACGUCCUGCUCAGUGUUCAGCUGGACCUGAAGACGUGGAAUGUGAUUUCUGUAUUGAGAGUAAAUCCAAAGCCAUCAAGUCCUGCCUGGUGUGUCUGGCCUCUUUCUGUGAAACUCAUCUCCAGCCUCACUAUGAAUCUCCUGCCUUUAAGAAGCACAAGCUGGUCGAAGCCUCCAGUCGACUCCAGGAUCAGAUCUGCUCUCAGCAUGACAAACUGCUGGAGGUUUACUGUCACACUGACCAGCAGUGUAUCUGCAUGUUGUGUAUCAUAGAUAAACAUAAAGGACAUAAUACAGUAUCAGCUACAGCAGGACGAGCUGAGAAACAGGAGCAGCUGUUUAAGAUACAGAGAAAAUACCAACAGAGAAUCCUGGAUAGAGAGAAGAAGCAUCAGGAGUUAACAGAAGCUGUGGAGUUUUAUGAGCGCUCUGCACAAAGAGCAGUGCAGGAAACUGAGAGGAUCUUUGCAGAUCUUAUCAAAUCCAUGGAGAGAAGACGCUCUGAAGUGACAGCACUGAUCAGAGCUCAGGAGAAAACUGCAGUGAGUCGAGCUGAAGACGUCAUGACACGACUGGAGCAGGAGAUAACACAGCUGAAGAGGAGAACUGCGGAGCUGGAGGAGCUUUUAUACACAGAUACCAUCCAUUUUCUCCAGCGUUUUCCAUCUCUCUUGGACAUUCCUGAAUCUGCAGACCUACGCUCCAUCAAGCUUAGUCCUCACCUUUCUCUUGAAGAUGUGACAGCAUUUGUUUCUGAACUGACGGACAAUGUGGAAAUAUUCUGCAAUGAGUUCAAAAUAAUAUCCAACGCAGUAAAAGGAUUCCACAUUAUCCCACUUCCUGAACCCAAAACCAGAGAAGAAUUCCUACAGUAUUCCUGUGAGUUCACACUGGAUCCCAACACAGUAAAUAAACACCUCUGUCUGUCUGAGAAGAACACGGUGGUGACCUGCAACGAAACAGUACAACAAUAUUCUGCUCAUCCAGACAGAUUUGAUUAUUAUCUCCAGGUGUUGUGUAGAGAGCGUGUGUGUGGACUCUGUUACUGGGAAGUGGACUGGACUGGACAUCGUGGGGUUUCUAUAGCGGUGUCAUAUAAAACCAUCAGCAGGAAAGGGAAGGGUACGGAAUGUUUGUUUGGCCGAAACUAUCAGUCCUGGAGAUUGUUUUGCUAUCCUUCCUACUACUCAUUCAGACAUAUUAAGGAAGAAAUUAAAAUCCCAGUCGUUCCUAGCUCCUCUAGAAUAGGAGUGUAUGUGGAUCACAGGGCAGGAACUCUGUCCUUCUACAGCGUCUCAGACACCAUGAAGCUCCUCCACAGAGUCCACACCACAUUCACUCAGCCUCUUUACCCCGGGUUUGUCGUUUGCUCAGGAUCAACUAUCAAGCUGUAAUUAUCAGAUACUUAUUGUAUUUUUAUAUAAUAUGAUAUAUAUUACAGUAUUUGAUCUUAAUGGAUGAGAAAUUAUGAAUUUGGAUGUACAGAUAUACUGGGGCCUUUUAAUUGUUUCCAUCUUUUCCAUGUAUUAACAAACAUCUCAUUGCUGGGUGUAUAUUGUGUGCAGGAUUGUCUAUGCUAUGGAAGUCUCUGGUUAUAUGAAAAGCCCUAUAGUUCUAGACACAUGAAUAAAGCUUCUUUUAAAAUUA